CAUGGAGAUGCGGCCUGGCCGCAGGUGGUGGCUAGCUGCUUAACAGACCUGUUAGGUUGCGGGCCUUGGGGCUUACUCCCGACGGCAUUCUCAGACAGGGCCGAUCGAAGAGUUUGGACCGAGAUUUAGGGUCUCCAUAUGUUGUCCAGGCUGGUCUUGAACUCCUGAGCUCAAGUGAUCUUUCUGCCAAAGUGCUGGGAUUACAGGUGUGAGCCACUCUGCCUAGGGUUUUAAAUAAGGGAGCAGCAUUGUUAUAACUUCUUUCAAAAGAAGAGUGAUCUGGCUCUCCAGUCUGGAAGAUGGUUUGAUGGGGGGCUAAACGGGAGACCAGGAGAACAGAGUUUAUAGAAACCUAUUCACCAAAAUGGCAUCCUGGUUAUAUGAAUGUCUUUGUGAAGCUGAACUUGCACAGUAUUAUUCUCAUUUCACUGCCCUUGGCCUUCAGAAAAUAGAUGAAUUAGCCAAGAUUACAAUGAAGGACUACUCCAAAUUAGGAGUCCACGACAUGAACGACCGCAAACGUCUCUUCCAACUUAUCAAAAUUAUUAAGAUUAUGCAGGAAGAAGAUAAAGCAGUCAGUAUCCCAGAGCGUCAUCUUCAGACAAGCAGUUUGCGCAUCAAGUCUCAGAAAUUAAGAUCUGGCCCUCGCAGACAGCUGAAUUUUGAUUCUCCUGUUGACAGUAAAGACAGAAAUGCCAGCAAUGAUGGGUUUAAAAUGUGCAGUUUAUCAGAUUUCUCUGCAAAUGAACAGAAGUCCACUUACCUAAAAGUACUAGACCACAUGCUACCAGAUGAUUCCCAGUAUCAUACAAAAACAAGAAUUCUGAAUGCCACAUCUGCUGAUUCCUAUGUGCAAACAGAAAUCAGCACUUCACUGUUUUCACCAAAUUACUUUUCUCCAGUUCUGGGGGAUUGUGAUAUUCCCACUAUUCAAAGAAUCUCCCAUGUUUCAGGGUAUGACUAUGGAAUCCCUCAUUCUUGUAUCAGACAGAAGACUUCAGAGAAACAGAAUCUUUGGACUGAGAUGGAGAAAAUCAGAGUUUGUGUUCGAAAACGCCCCCUGGGAGUGAGGGAGGUACGUCGUGGAGAAAUUAAUAUUAUUACUGUAGAAGACAAAGAAACACUACUUGUACAUGAGAAGAAAGAAGCAGUUGACCUCACUCAAUAUAUUCUGCAGCAUGUUUUUUAUUUUGAUGAAGUCUUUGGUGAGGCAUGCACCAAUCGGGAUGUAUACGUGAAGACUACUCACCCACUUAUUCAGCAUAUUUUCAAUGGAGGCAAUGCCACUUGCUUUGCCUAUGGACAGACAGGUGCUGGAAAGACCUACACCAUGAUAGGAACUCAUGAGAACCCAGGAUUGUAUGCUCUAGCUGCCAAAGAUAUCUUUAGGCAACUAGAAGUAUCGCAGCCAAGAAGGCAUCUCUUCGUGUGGAUCAGCUUCUAUGAAAUUUACUGUGGACAGCUUUAUGACCUCCUAAAUAGAAGAAAAAGGCUCUUCGCAAGAGAAGAUAACAAGCACAUGGUACAGAUAGUGGGACUACAAGAACUUCAGGUGGAUAGUGUGGAGCUCCUCUUAGAGGUGAUCUUAAAGGGUAGCAAGGAGCGCAGCACUGGGGCCACUGGAGUUAAUGCAGACUCCUCCCGCUCCCAUGCCAUCAUCCAAAUUCAGAUCAAAGAUUCAGCCAAGAGGACAUUUGGCAGGAUCUCUUUUAUUGACUUGGCUGGCAGUGAAAGAGCAGCAGAUGCAAGGGAUUCAGAUAGACAGACAAAGAUGGAAGGUGCAGAAAUAAAUCAGAGUCUACUGGCUCUGAAGGAAUGUAUCCGAGCACUGGAUCAGGAACACACGCAUACUCCCUUCAGGCAAAGCAAACUAACUCAGGUCCUGAAGGACUCUUUCAUUGGCAAUGCCAAAACCUGCAUGAUUGCCAACAUCUCACCAAGCCACGAGGCCACUGAACACACUCUGAAUACCUUGCGCUAUGCUGAUCGGGUCAAAGAACUAAAGAAAGGCAUUAAGUGUUGCAGUUUAGUAAGCAGUCGAAAUCGGACAACUGGAAACUCCUCUCCAAAACGAAUUCAGAGCUCUCCUGUGGCCUUGCCAGGGGACAAAUGUUCUCCCAAAAAAGUCAAGCUGGGACUUCAGCAGUCACUCACAGUGGCAGCCCCUGGCUCCACGAGAGGGAAGGCCCAUCCUCUGACCAGCCACCCACCUAACAUUCCUUUUACUUCUGCACCUAAGGUCUCUGGUAAAAGGGGUGGCUCCAGAGGGAGUCCUUCACAAGAGUGGGUCAUUCAGACUAGCCCUGUCAAAGGAACCGCGCAGUCUGGACAUUUGGCCAAAAAAAAGGCAGAAGAGUCAGCACGAUUGUGCUCUGAAAAAAAUCGAAUAGGCAGCAAAACUGCCCUUGGGUGGGGAAGCAAGGCCUCAGGCCCAGGAGAAGACCUAGUGCGUGGUAAGCUGUCUACCAAGUGCAAGAAAGUGCAGACCAUGCAGCCAGUACAGAAGCAGCUUGUGUCGCGAGUUGAGCUCUCCUUUUGCAACACCCACCACAGAGCAGAGCACAGUCAAGACAGCCACAGGGGCACGCCUGCCAGGCCUGCCUCUGAAGCUUGGACAAACAUCCCGCCACAUCAGAAGGAGAGGGAGGAACAUUUGCGUUUCUAUCACCAGCAGUUCCAACAGCCACCUCUCCUCCAACAGAAGUUAAAAUACCAACCACUGAAAAGGUCUUUAUGCCAGUCCAAGCCCCCAGAGGGUCAGCUCACAAACGAGACUUCCCCUCUGUUCCACUCUUACUCUGAAAACCAUGAUGGAGCUCAAGUAGAGGACCUUGAUGACAGUGAUUUCAGCGAAGAUUCUUUUUCACAUGUCUCUAGUCAGAGGACCACAAAGCAAAGGAAUACCCUGGAGAAUAGCGAAGACUCAUUUUUCCUGCACCAGACAUGGGGGCAGGGUCCUGAGAAGCGGGUGGCAGAAAGACGGCAGAGUCUGUUUUCUUGUCCCAGGACAGAAGGUGACAAGAAAGGUCUAACUAAAAGCUGGGUAUACUCCAAGGACCCCAUAAACCACAGAAGAGCAGCACUCGAUCACAGCUGCAGCCCAAGUAAGGUGCCCGUGGACUGGAGCAGAGAGUACUCUACCUCCUUAGGACCUUCUCCCAGAGAUAGCAUGGCAGAGAAGCCUUACUGUUCACAGGUGGAUUUAUAUAGCCAGGAAAGAGGUAGAGGCUCUUCCUUUGAUCUCAGACAGGAUGCCUCCCAAAGUGAGACUGCUGGGCAGAAUGAGGGCAACUUGCCAUCCCCAGAGGAAAAUGGUUUCACUUUCUCACUGUCCCACAUGGCAGUUCCUGGAUCCCCACACCAAAGAGACAUAGUCACCACACCUCUGAGAGAAGUCAGCAUAGACAGCCCAAUCCAGGUGACCACCACUGUGAAAAACAGUCAUCCUGUCCCAGGAGAGGACCCUAGGGGACAGUUAGGCUCGCACGCUGAAUAUGCUGGACUCAUGGCUCCCCUCACCAUGUCCCUCCUGGAGAACCCAGAUGACGAAGGCUCACCUCCCUUGGAGCAGCUGGUCCAGGAUGGAGCUAUGCACAGUCUAGUGGCAGAGAGCACCAGGGGCCCAAAUGUGGACCACACCGUGUCAUCUGGUGAUCAAGAGGCAGCCUUGCCAGUGUCUUCAGCAACUGGGCACCUGUGGCUGUCCUCAUCUCCCCCUGAUAAUAAGCCUGGCGGUGAUCUUCCAGCUCUGUCCCCAUCACCCAUACUUCAGCAUCCAGCUGACAAGCUGCCCGGUAGGGAGGCAGACCUAGGAGAGGCCUGCCAGAGCAGAGAGACUGCACUUUUCUCCCACGAACAUGUGGGUAGUGAGCAAUAUGAUGCUGAUGCAGAGGAGAUGGGGCUGGAUGGCUCCUGGGGUUUCCCAGGAAAGCCCUUCUCUACCAUAUGUACCGGGGUACCCCAUUCUGGACCUACACUCACCCCACAAACAGGAAGUAGUGACGUGGCUGACCAACUCUGGGCCCAGAGGAGAAAACAUCCUACAAGGCUUGGUUGGCAGAUUGGUUUGUCCACAGACCCCAUCAAGUUGCCCUGCAACAAUGAGAAUGUCACAUUGCUCAAACCCAGGCCGAUGUCAAGGUGCUUAGCAAGGCCACGUUCUCCCCUGGCCCCCAGCUGCUCUCCCAAGACUGCAGGGACACUCCAUCAGCCCACCCUGGAGCAAGCACAGCAGGUGGUCAUCCGAGCACACCAGGAACAGCUGGAUGAAAUGGCUGCGCUUGGCUUCAAGGAGGAGACACUGAUGAGCCAGCUGGCUUCUAAUGAUUUUGAAGAUUUUGUGACCCAGUUGGAUGAAAUCAUGGUUCUGAAAUCCAAAUGCAUCCAGAGUCUGAGAAGCCAGCUGCAGCUCUAUCUCACCUGCCAUGGGCCCGCCGCAGCCCCUGAGGAAACAGUGCCAUCUUAGAGCCAGAUCCUGUACUGAGAUGGCAGAGGCCCUGCAGGAGCCUGUGCUGGGAUCUCAGGGGCUGGAGGAGCCUUUGCCAGGUCCUCCCUGCAAACAUCAGAACCCACAUGCUGGUCUUGCCUGUGCCAGCCUCACCCCAGCCCCAGGUGGCCUAGGAUAGGACCCACCCUCUCCCUCAGGGCCAGGACCCUGUCCCUCCUCAGUUCCAAGCAUAGGAGCACCUCCAGAAAGGGUGGGCCAGGCUGAAGAACCUAAUGCCUUUCCCUUGGGCCUAGAGAAUUUGCUUAACUGACCCCUUGCUUGUGGGAACAUAUUUGAGUCAAAUAACCCUGAAGAUGUUUCUAACUUCGGGGAUCAGAGAAUGGGGUUAUCAGUGGUAACCUAGAGGUUAGAGGUCACAAGACAGAAGACAACAUGCUGAGCCCAGAGGCUUCACCAGCUGAAUUCUGUGCCUAACUUAGAAGGCUAAACACUGGCCCAAACUAAAACAUUGUGCUAGUGGGACCAGUGGGGUGAGCUCUGCCCCUUCAGCUCUUAGAAACUAAAUUUGGGAUUUAGUGGUUUUAAAAAUGUAAAUUGGACAAACCUUGAUGUGUUACUAACAGCAGCAGGUGUGGGGUAGGCCUUAUGCUUCCAGCUGCCUUCCCUUCCUGCAAUCCAGUUUUGAGACAGAAGAGGGUGCCUGUGUCACACAUCUUUCUCCUCUGACUUUUGCAGGCACGAAAGGCCUCUGUACAAUGCCCGAUACUCUCAUGCUUCCAUGGCAGCUCCUGGCUCCUGUCUGGGACACCUCACUCCCAGCCCCCUCACAGAACAGUCCAUUUCCUAGGCUGGCCCUUAUCUAGGACACCCUGCCCAGCCACCUCACAGAACAGUCCAUUUCCUAGGCUGGCCCUUAUCUAGGACACCCUGCCCAGCCACCCUGCCUCUCAGGGGCCUGAGCUGGGAACUUUGGCACAGAGUGCUCUGUUCAAUAGCCUGAGGCCUAUGAAACAGAAUUCACACACACAAGCCUUCAGCCAAUUUCUGCCUACUGUGUAUCUUUUUAGCGAGAAGCAGCUCAGUUUCAGUGAAGACAAAGUAGCCUCCAGGUGCCAAUUACUUUAAAGCCACCCUAAGUCAAAUGGAGAUUCAUGAGUCACAGCCUUGGCCCAAAUGCCUACUAUUAUGUGAACUUAUUUCCUCCAGAUAAAGGAUAACUUUUUAAGGUUUUAAAAGGAGGGCUUAAUUAAAAGGCCAAGAGAAGGGUUAAAUGGCUCUUGAGACUAGCACCCUGGCCUAGCUGCCUUUGUCAGCCUGACACUCCCUCAUCUGACCACCAGAGGGCAUCCUUAUUGGUGUUUCUUAACCCCGGGGCACUGCAGCCCCUCUUCACAUGAUCACUAAAAACCUUAAAAGAUCCAAUCUAGCCAAAAGCUCAGGUGGGUCAAUGGCACCAUAUUAAAGACAAGAACACUUACUUUAGGAAUGAACCCCAUUCUAUCGCAUACAAUAGCACCACUGAGAGCUGAUGAAACAGUUUCAAUCCAGUCCUGCUUGUGGCGCAUAAAUGCCUGCUGUUCACUGUAAAAGGGCUGCUGCUUUUCCUGGGUUAUCCCCCUGAAGGCCCGGCCUGUCCCAGCUCAACAGUCAGGAAGGCCUAUGUCUGAUCCAGAGACAGAGGUGCGUCAGGCUUAAACGACUCAGUCUGGCCUUUAAGACAGGUCUUAAGUGGGAAGAAAGUUCUGAAACAGAAAAUGGUUAGCUCCUAUUCUAUCCCCAGCAAAUCUAAGCAAGAAAUCCUUUUAUACACCACACAGCUCCCCACUCCCAUAAAAUAGCCUUGGUAAUAAGUUAUCAGAGCAAGACAUACCUUUUAGAUUUUUAUUAGUUCUCUCUGAAGAAUCAAAAUAGUUAGCAAAUUAUUUUAGAUUCAUCAAGACUGUAUACCCUUUGUAUUUAGAUCUUUAAUGAUGUACACAUAAUACAAAACAAACCAAAGAGACUGAU